AUGGAACCUUCUGCACAGCUGGGUUUCAGCCUGCAGCCCCUCCUGGAGCAGCUCAGCCAGAAUGAGCCGAGCCAGUUCAAGUCUCUGUUGAGGCCCCUUUCCCUGCAAGAUGAGUUACAGCACAUCCCUGAGACAGAGGUAGAGGAGGCUGAUGGGAAGCAACUGGCAGAAAUUCUCACCAACCACUGCCCCAGCCACUGGGUAGAGAUGGUGACCAUCCAGGUCUUUGACAAGAUGAACCAAACAGAUCUGUCUGAGAAAGCAAAGGAUGAGCUCAGGGCACUUACACAUGUACAGGAAGAAGAUGUCAGAAACCCAGAAGAAGCAAAGGAAGUUUUCAAAGGAGAAAAGCCAGGUAAACAGGAUAAAUAUAGAAGUAUUUUCGAAGAGGAAGUCCAGCAACUCUGGAAGAAGAACUUUUGGCCUGGAGCCAGUGAAAACAUUCACACUGUCACCCAAAGAUAUGAGACACUGAUCCCAUUCUGUAAUCCUAAAAUACUUGCAGGGCCAUUUCCACACAGUGGUCCCAUCGGCGUCAGGAAGACCACUCUGGCCAAGAAGUGCAUGCUGGACUGGACACAGGACAACCUGGCACAGACCUGCCCCCGCGCCUUCUAUCUCAGCUGCAAGGUGCUCAGCCGCAAGGGGACGUGCUCCUUCGCAGAGCUGCUGGCUGCGAGCGCCCCAGACCUGCAGGAUGCCCUUCCGCAGGUCCUCGCCCAGGCGCAGAAACUCCUGCUCGUCGUUGAUGCUUUUGAGGAGCUGCGCGUGCCCUCGGGGGUGGGGGCGCUGGUGCAGGACCUGUGUGGCGACUGGAGGUCGCAGAGACCUGCGCCUGUCCUCCUGGGGAGCUUGCUGACAAGGAAGCUCUUACCCACGGCCACCCUACUGGUCACCACGCGGCCCGAGGCCCUGAGGGAGCUGCGGUUCCUGGUGGAGCGGCCACUCUUGGUGGAGCUGGAAGGGCUCUCAGAACGCGACAGGAGGGCGUAUUUCCUGCGACACUUUGGAGGGGAGGCUCAGGCGCUGCGCGCUUUCCACCUGAUGAAGAGCAAUGCGGCGCUGUUCCGCAUGGGCGCGGCGCCCGCCGUGUGCUGGAUGGUGUGCACCUGCCUGAGGCUGCGGAUGGACGAGGGCGAGGACCCCCGCCCCACCUGCCAGACCGCCACGUCACUGCUGCUGUGCUUUCUCUGCAGUCGGUUCGCGCCCGCGCGGGGCGGCUGCCCGGGUCCACACCUCGGGGCUGCGCUGCGCGCCCUGUGCCUGCUGGCCGCCGAGGGCACGUGGGCGCAGACCUCGGUGUUUGAUGGACACGACCUGCGCAGGCUGGGCAUGGACGAGUCGGACCUGCGCCCUUUCCUGGACAGGAGCAUCCUCCAGAAGGGCAGGGACUGCGAGGGCUGCUACUGCUUCGUCCACCUGAGCGUCCAGCAGUUCCUGGCCGCUGCGCUCUACGUUCUGGGCAGCGAGGACCACCAGGACGCGGGGAGCCCCGGCUGGAAUAUUGGGGGUGUGCAGAGGCUGCUGUCCAAGGAAGAAGGACUCCAGAACCCCCAGCUGGCCCCCGUGGGGCGCUUCCUGUUCGGCCUCGCCAAUGAAAAGAGGGCCAGGGAGCUGGGGACCACGUUUGGCUGCCCGGUGUCCACGGAGGUCAAGCAGGAGCUACUGGAAUGCAGAAUAAGGUCCGCCGAGAACAGACCCUUCUCGUCGGUGACCGACACGAAGGAGAUUUUGUACUGUCUCUACGAAUCCCAAGAGGAGCUGCUUGUGAAGGAGGCCAUGGCCCAGGUCACGGAAGUGUCCCUGCAUUUGCAAGAUACCUCGGACAUGGUGCACGCGGCAUUCUGCCUCAAGCAUUGUGAAAACUUGCAGAAAAUGUGGCUGCGGGUAGAAAAGGGGAUGUUCCUGGAGAACGAUGCUGCAUGGGAAUCAGAGGCUCAGGCUGACCGGUUCCAGAAUGAUCAAUAUGUGUUUCCUUUCUGGGUGGAUCUUUUUUCCGUGUUCAACUCAAACAAGAAUCUGGUAUUUCUAGACAUCAGCCAGAGCUUCCUUAGUACUUCAUCAGUGAAGCUUCGUUGUGAAAAAAUAGACUCUGCUACCCAUAAUCUUCAGAAAGUGGUCCUCAAAAAUAUUUUCCCAGCAGAUGCUUAUCAGAGCUUCUGCAUUGUUUUUGGUGGUCAUAAGACUCUCACGCAUCUGACCCUUCAAGGAAAUGACCAGAAUGAUAUGCUUCCCAUAUUGUGUGAGAUCUUGAGACACCCAAAAUGUAAUCUGCAAUACCUAAGGUUGGUGACUUGUUCUGCCACCACCCAGCAAUGGGCCCAUCUCUCCUCCUCCCUCAAGAUCAACCAGUCCCUCACUUGCCUGAACCUCACAGCAAAUGAGCUCCCGGAGGAGAGCGCCAAGUCGUUGUGCACGACUCUGAAACACCCAAAAUGCUUCCUGCAGAGGCUAUCAUAAGUACUGUUGGAAAACUGUCACCUUACAGAAGCCUGUUGCAAGGAGCUCUCCUCUGCUUUGAUCAUCAACCAGAGGCUGAUGCACCUGUGCUUGGCAAAGAAUGCCCUAGGAGAUGGUGGGGUAAAGCUUUUGUGUGAAGGCUUGAGUUACCCUGACCGUCAACUAUAGAUGCUGGUGCUUUGGUAUUGUAGCAUAACCAACAGUGGCUGCAAUGAUCUGCCAACACUUCUCCAGCAAAACUCAAGCCUUACACACUUGGAUCUGGGGCUGAAUCACAUAGGAAUUACUGGACUGACGUUUCUGUGUGAGGCUUUGAAGAAGCCAACAUGUAACCUCAAAUGUCUAUGGUUGUGGAGAUGUGCCAUCACCCCUUUCACCUCUGAAAUCCUCUCAUCUGCCCUAGGCAGCAAUCAGAGCCUGGUCACUCUGGACCUGGGCCAGAAUUCCUUGGGGUAUAGUGGAAUAAAGAUGCUGUGUGACACCUUGAAACUUCAGCGUUCCUUCCUCUGGACACUCAGCCCCAUUCUGGUGAGCUAG